AUGUCUCCGAGCUCCGCGGGUAUGCUCUUCAGCGCCAUGAGAGCCACUUGCCACUCGUCACGGGUCGUGACGCCUGCCAUGGCCCGGCCUACGGUAAUGAGGGUGGUCGAUUGGCAGGCCUACGCAUUUUGGGGCAACGGCUUCAGCGAGAGAUCUCAUAGAGGGAUCCCACUGGUCUUCUUCCCUGCCCCGCUUUUGGCAGAAGAGCUUCCAAGAGCUCUUUCGAUUCAAGAGGGAGUCUCUAAAGAAAAAAUCAAAUCGGCGUAAAGGAAUAUGAUGGUGACCAAAAUUUCAUGUUGAUUGAAGCAAUCGCGAUAUGCUUAAUCUAAAGAAAUUAAGUAAGAAUUGUGAUUAUGGUUUGAAUGAAUCUUAUAGAUAUUAAUAUGUAUGCAUCUGGCAUGCCUGUGUAAGCAAAUCUUUAGCGAUAAGUUGAAUCUGUAAGAACAAGACUUGCCUUGUUCGGAGUCCAGUGGAUGGAUAGUUUUUCAGAACUGUUGAGUGGGAGCGGGCAGCCAUGGCAUCUGUAGACGAUUGCUGGCCUCCACGAAUGGCCAUGCGACCGUCUGCGAAUGUGCUGUUGCCGCCGAACGUCCGCGCGCUCGGUUCGGCAGCUCGCCGUGGCGUACCGAACCGAGCGCCUCCGGCGUUCGCUAAUGGCCGCUGCGUUCCAUCGCGAAAGGAGCUGAGUACGGUGGUGCGCUCGGCUCCGUUCGGGAAUUCGCCGGUGCUCGCUUGAUGUGGUUCUGGUCUUUGAGUUCAAUGGCGGUGAAGUAGAGGGAGGUGGAGAGAGGGAGAGGGCGGACGCAGAGGAUGGAGAGAGAGAGAGGACGAGUGGGAAGCAGAGGAUGGAGAGACGGAAAGACAGCAGGAAGAGAGGAAGGGUCGGCGGAGAAGGAGGGCCACGCGGGGGAGAGGGAUGGAGAGAGGAGCGCAGAGGGCGAGAGAACUAAAGACGAAGAAGAGGAAGAUGGAUACGGAGAGAGUAAGGGGAGAAUGAGGGUGGAUAGAGAGAAGAGGGGGAGUUGGAGGGAAGGAGGGUGAGAGAGAGAGAGAGAGAGAGAGAGAGAGAGAGAGAGAGUAAGAGAGAGAGAGAAGAAAGGGAGGGAGAGAGGAAACGUAAGAGGAAGGGAAGAUGCAGGAGCAUGCCAGGGCGAGAGGGAGGUAAAUUAGAGUCAAAUCCAUUCUCUGAAUCGCCAUCGCCAUGACCAUCCCAAAAACGUUGAUAGAUAAGAAGUUGCUGGUUCUUGAACUCCAUCUGGUCAUCAAAACAAUACCAUGGCGGUGAAGUUGAUCAGAUUAAACCUUCUUCUGUCUCAUUCAGUUGCUGCAACGAGGAUCCGGGCCUGGCGCAAGAAGCUCCCACGCCAUUACGGUGGUCGGCAGCAGGGCCUACGCCUUUGGCGGAGAAUUCACCCCCCGCGUCCCCGUGGACAACAAGAUCCAUGUCUUCGACCUGGAGACUCUCACCUGGUCCGUUCCAGAGGUCACCGGAGACAUCCCGCCGCCGAGGGUCGGCGUCACCAGGGCCACCGUCGGUAAGACCAUCUACGUCUUCGGUGGUCGUGACGCAGAGCACAAGGAGCUGAACGAGCUCUACUCGUUCGACACAACCACGGACAACUGGACCCUUCUGUCCUCCGGCGAGCUCGGCCCCCCCAGCCGGAGCUACCACUCGAGGGCCGCGGACGGCCACCAUGUCUACAUCUUUGGCGGGUGCGGAGUCGCCGGGAGGCUCAAUGACCUCUGGGCUUACGAUGUUUUGGACGGGAAGUGGGUCAAGUUCCCGGAGCCAGGGAAGAGCUGCCGUCCCCGGGGAGGAACUGAGCUCGCCGUGGCCGGAGAGAAGAUCUGGAUAGUUUAUGGUUUCGCAGGUGAAGAGGUAGACGACGUCCACUGCUUCGACCCGGCCUCCGGGGAGUGGACGGAGGUGGAGACAACCGGGGACAAACCUUGCCCUCGGAGCGUCUUCUCCAUAGCCAGCAUUGGACUGCGCGUGAUCAUAUGCGGAGGCGAAGUUGAUCCGAGCGAUCUCGGCCAUCUCGGCGCCGGGAGCUUCGCCGGCGAUUCGUACGUGUUGGACACGGCGACGAAAGCAUGGAAGAAGCUGGCGGAGGUGGCGGAGCCCGGGGAGCACCCCGGGCCUCGCGGCUGGUGCGCGUUCUCCGUGGGUCGCCGGGACGGGGAGGAAGGGCUGCUUGUCUACGGUGGGAAUUCGCCCACCAAUGACCGGCUGGAUGACAUCUUCUUCUUCACUCCUUCCUUUGGCAGGUGA